AUGGCACAAACGAAUAAUGAUAAUGAUGAAUCUAAUCAGUUGCUGGAUGCAGUUGAGCACUUGGAAGCCGUUGCAUUCGUACCUGUCAAGCAAAGGCAAACCGAUGCUGGCCAGUUAGCCCAGAGCAUUGCCUCGGACGCGUACGAGAAUGGCAUUCCGCAACUGGCACUGGGCCGUGUGCUAAAGGUUUUGACAACCAAGAAUCACCUCGAUCAGUCAACAGCCACGAUUUUGAUCAAGAAUUUGUAUCCACGGGAGCAGAUUCCUACCAAAUUUAUCACUCAGGUCGUGUGUUCCUUGGGUCCUAGCAAAUUCAAACCAGGCCCGACCACACAGGCUUUGCUUGUUCGUUGGCUGAUUAUGACCAUUGAUCUGUUGGAGGAUCGGACACACCUUGGAAAACUCUACGCAGUGCUGUUUAAUCAUCUGGACAUGAUCAGCUUACGAAAGCCGCUAUGUCAUUUGCUUUCUCUUAUCACGCGGCGAAGGCAUGUCAAGCCAUUUCGCAUUCAAGCGCUGAUGGAGCUGAUUCAAACGGCGGGAGGGGAAGAAAAGGAACUCUUGAGUCUGUUGAAAACAUUCAAGAAUUACUGCCCAGAAAUUAUUCUUGGCGACGUGGGUGUUUCGCGAAAAAUGGUCCUUUUUUUCAAACACCCUGACCCAGAAUGGUCAUCCCAUGCGAAGUUGCUUCAGGAUCAGAAUCUCGAGUUGAAGCAAGCAACUCAGCAAUCUUCAUACCAGGUCAUCAAUCGAGCACUUGGAAAAAGGACUAGGGUGGAGGUGAUCAUUCCGGUGCUGCAGACCUCUCGCGUGUCGAACAAGCACACUUCAUUGGAAGAAAUUCGAAACAUUCAGCAUUUUGUUGACAGAGUUGACAAGAUUGAGUUGCCGAAUCAGAUCAUUUCCACGCUGAGGGACUCAAUGGCGCAGAAAUAUCUUCAUCUCGUUCAGCCAGAGGCAGCGAACGCUCGCCUCAACGACUGGCUAAGUGGGUUCUUGGCGGACAAGCUUGCACAGAUACAAGAGGAUCAAGAUGAUGACCCGGAGGCCCUUACCUUUGUCCUGAGUUACCUUGAGGGGCAUACUUCCUUUGCAAAGGUCAUUUUACCCUCGAUACAAGAUUUCUUGGAAUCAUACCUUUCAAUGUGGAAUGGACAAGACAAUCGUGCACUCGUCCUCCGAUUAUUGCGAUACCUUCCGAUAGAGUCAUACGACAGCUUAUGGAAGCGAUUCUUCAUCCACUUGGAAAACGCCAUGCUGGACAGUACCGUGGGCUCCAGAAUUGAGCUGCUAAACUUCUAUUCCGCCUUGAUCACAGAAUGGGGGGUGCGACUCUCAGAGCAGCCGUUGAGUCAAGGGGAAUCACUUCCAUUGACUCAUCUCAUCAGACAUGCUGAACUUCUUGCUUCUUCAGUACUUGAGCUAACAUCAUUGUCCGUAACUGCGGACUCCCAAGCGCAUGCUCUUGUGUACUCGGUCUUGCACUUCUACAAAUCCGUUGCACGUCUCUUUUCACAGGCUUCGCGCAACGCCAGUAUUCGGCUGACAGUCCCAAUGGCGCCGACCAUCUACUCACUUGCCUUUACGCCAACCAUCUCUGCCAUAUCAGCUCUCAACUCCAUUUUGGCUGAUUACAAGUCAUCGUUCGAGACAUCUUUGACAUCCGAUCUCAUUCGGGUUCCCAACUCAUCUGAUCCGCUCUAUUCUACAGAAAUGGUCAACCAGUUCAAUGGCUAUGUCAUGGAUAUGUGCAAUCUCAUUUGGCGUAAUCGCGCCCUCAACACAGAGGAUCCAAAUGCUCAGGGCUGUCUAGUGCCCGCGACAAGUCUCAACGCGUUAACCACAUUUAUCCGGAACGUGAACGAAGCCGCUCGGCAUUAUGAUCGUGGGAGCGCCUUCCAUACAACCUUAGCUUCUCUCUUCUCUCUCAGUAACCACCCGGCGUUUGCCAAUCUGUCGGCCGCUUGCUUUGCAGAUGUCGAGGAGACGCAGAAUGUUGUUGGUGAGCGCCCAAGGCUGCGAAAACCAGUCACUCAGAAAGCAUUGCAGGCACUUGAGAAAGAUCAGGGCGCCAAAAUCACAUGGCAGGAAUACCGCGUCUAUAUGCUAGAAUGGCUGGAUGCAGUUGGAAGCCGAGGAACAAGCGAUCUGAUGCGGAGCACUAUGAAAGCUUUGCGGAAAGAGUGA